AGUUGGUGGAGUACACCUUUCAAUCAAACAUAACAUAUCAAGAAAAAAAAGUGUGUGCUGAAGAUAUAAAACCUAAGUAACAAAAAAUGGGCAUUGAAAUGUGUAAUGUUUUUGUAAGGACGGUGGAGAAAGCGCGUCUGUGUAUCAUUUGUCUCUUGUAAUAUAACUUAUAAUUAUUAGGUUAAAAGAAAUGUUGUCUGUAUGGUCAAAUUUGUCUUUGUCUUUUUUCUUUUUUCUUUUCCUUCUGAAGGGGGCUCUCACUUAUUAAGCCACUAUUAUAUAUACCUUACAUUUGCCAGGGACAUAUCCACUUCACACUAACAACUUAAUCUCUCAUUCUCUCUUCUUCAAAACAUUUCAAUUCUCUCUUCUAAUCCUCUUCAAUCCAUCUUUAAUCUCUCUCAAAACAUUCUUUCUAGCUAAAGCUAUUUGUUAUAUAUUGCUAUUAUUAAUUUCGCAAAAACACAUUCAAGCUCAAAAAUGAGACUCUUGUCCAGGAAAGCCACAUGCAAUACUCAUGGCCAAGAUUCUUCAUAUUUUUUAGGAUGGCAGGAAUAUGAGAAGAACCCUUAUGAUGAGAUCAAGAAUCCAACAGGGAUCAUUCAAAUGGGUCUUGCAGAGAAUCAGCUCUCAUUUGAUAUUCUUGAAUCAUGGCUAGCCAAUAACCCAGACGCAGCUAAUUUCAAGAAAGACGGACAAUCCAUUUUCAGAGAGCUUGCACUCUUUCAAGAUUAUCAUGGCCUACCUGAUUUCAAGAAAGCAAUGGUAGAAUUCAUGUCAGAAAUAAGAGGAAACAGAGUAACUUUUGAUCAGAACAAGUUGGUAUUAACAGCUGGUGCAACUUCCGCUAAUGAGACUCUAAUCUUUUGUCUAGCCGAACCCGGAGAAGCAUUUCUUCUUCCAACUCCAUACUAUCCUGGAUUUGAUAGAGAUCUCAAGUGGAGAACUGGGGUCGAAAUCGUACCAAUUCAUUGCACAAGUUCAAAUGGCUUCCAAGUCACUGCAUCGGCUCUUGAAGAAGCAUAUCUAGAAGCACAAAACCGCAACUUGAAAGUUAAAGGUGUCUUGGUUACAAACCCUUCAAAUCCAUUAGGCACUGCGAUGACCCGCACUGAAUUGAAUCUUCUUGUCAACUUCAUUUCUGAUAAAAGCAUUCAUCUUAUAUGCGAUGAAAUUUACUCUGGUACGGUGUUUAGCUCUCCAGGAUUUGUAAGUAUCAUGGAAGUUUUGAAGGAUAGGAAAUGCGAAAAUACCGAAAUUUCGAAUAGAGUUCACAUUGUGUAUAGUCUCUCCAAGGAUCUUGGUCUCCCUGGAUUUCGAGUAGGUGCAAUUUAUUCAAACGAUGAUCUGGUUGUCUCUGCUGCAACUAAAAUGUCUAGCUUCGGUUUGGUUUCAGCACAAACACAACACCUCCUCUCUGCUCUUCUUUCUGACAAAAAGUUCACCAAGCACUAUAUUUCAGAGAAUCAGAAAAGACUCAAACAGCGACAAAAAAUGCUCAUCAAGGGACUCGAAAAAGCCGGUAUCAGCUGUCUUAAAAGCAAUGCUGGCUUGUUUUGCUGGGUUAACAUGAAGCAUUUGUUAAAGUCCAACACAUUCGAAGCAGAAAUGGAACUGUGGAAGACAAUUGUUUAUGAUGUCAAGCUAAACAUCUCUCCUGGUUCUUCCUGCCAUUGCACUGAACCAGGUUGGUUUCGUAUCUGUUUCGCUAACAUGUCCGAAGACACCCUAAACCUAGCUAUGAACAGAUUGAAAUCAUUCGUCGACUCCAUCAACAACACCCAGAACCAAAGCAGCCACCAAAUGUUGAAAAAUUCAAGAAGAAGGUCUCUCACUAAGUGGGUUUUUCGGCUAUCAUUCGACAACGGCCGUGAGCGCGAGCCGGAAGAACGAUAGUCUGGUUUUUGUCAAUUCAUCAUCUCAUGUGUGAAUUCGUACACAGCCCCCCGCCCACGUAUAAUUUUUUUUCCUCCAAAUUAAUUAUUUUGGUGGAUAAUUAAAAAUGUUAUUAUUUUUGUAAUUUUAGAGAAAAAAGCGCACUCAGUUCCAUUUUAUGGAUAAUGGAUCUUGCAGUGGCUCUAGCCUCUACAUGUUAAUUACUUUUCAUCCCCUCCUGUAAAACUCUGUGAUCCCUUCUCUAGCGAGAAAAAAUAUUCCCGAAUUCGAUCGGUGAUAGUGUAAUUAAUUAUGAGUUGACAUAAUGA